AUGUGCCUGUUUUUCCCGGAUUCUUUGCAAUAUUCGACCUUCCAUAAUCAAUAGACAACCAUUCAAUUUUUGUAUCCCUAAACAAACUCAAUCUUUAGAUCCAAAUAAAUCAUCACUUUAUUUUAGUUUAUUCCUCUUAUUACACCUCAUUCAUCCAAACAUGCACCCCACGAUCCACCAACACAUGCUACAUGGCGCAAGACGGAAACUAGAUGCUAAAAGAAAAAACAAUACCAUCUCCUCCAAGAGAUAGUAAAUUCUGAAAGAACACCAAUCUGUUGAAUCAUUUGGUAGUUGGGCUUCUCUCCCUUUUUCUCUCCAUCCUUGUCUCUUACCAAGGACGACAAGAUGGUUCGUGCUCUCGGAGAAGAACAAGAAGAAGACUAUAGGUCUAGAUUGUAUCAUUUCAAAGGGAUGAAUGAGAAUGCCGGGGGUCAGCAUGUUAAGAGCUUGAGCGCAGAUGAUAGUUCUAGUUUUGAAGAAUACUCUUCAAUGGAGGACAGAAUGACAUGUAGAAACCAUCAGGCUCCAAGACGCUUAAAUGACCAAGCAUCAGAUCAUAAACAGAAAGUGGGGACUUCACCUUAUAGGAAUGAUAAGGGCCCUAGAUCAAGGAUAGGAAAGGAUGAAGCCGGGGUUGCUCCUUCAGGAAAAGAUAAUAAAAAUCUAGAAAUGGAACAGAUGAAGGAAAGGUUUGCUAAACUGCUUCUUGGGGAGGAUAUGUCUGGCGGAGGAAAGGGUGUCUCCUCAGCUUUGGCAUUGUCAAAUGCAAUUACAAAUCUUGCUGCUUCUGUGUUUGGCGAACAACGGCGUCUAGAGCCUAUGUCACCAGAAAGAAAAGCAAGGUGGAUAAGAGAAAUUGAUUGGCUCUUAUCUGUAACCGAUCACGUUGUUGAACUUGUUCCUUCCCAACAAAAAUCCAAGGAUGGAUCAAAUAUGGAGAUAAUGGUGACAAGACAACGAAAUGAUAUUCAUAUGAACAUCCCAGCCUUACGCAAGCUUGACGCAAUGCUUCUUGACUCCCUAGAUAACUUCAAAGACCAAAAUGAGUUUUAUUAUGUUUCAAGAGACUCCCCCGAGUCAGAAAAAGGAGGCACCAAGAGAACAGAUGAUAAAUGGUGGCUACCUACUGUCAAAGUUCCUCCAGAUGGUUUAUCGGAAAGGGCCACAAAAUUUAUUCAAUACCAAAAAGACAGUGUGAACCAAGUUCUCAAAGCAGCCAUGGCGAUAAAUGCUCAAAUACUUUCAGAAAUGGAGAUUCCUGAAAACUACAUUGAAUCCCUUCCCAAAAACGGGAGGGCAAGCCUUGGAGACUUAGCGUACAGGAGCAUUACUCUUGAGUACUUCGAUCCUGAUCAAUUUCUGAGCACCAUGGACAUAUCAUCAGAACAUAAGAUACUAGACCUCAAGAACAGAAUAGAGGCUUCAAUAGUGAUUUGGAAAAGGAAGAUGAAUCAGAAAGAUAGUAAAUCCGCAUGGGGAUCUGCUGUCAGUUUGGAGAAGAGAGAACUCUUUGAAGAGAGGGCAGAAACUAUCCUCCUCCUUCUCAAACAGCGCUUCCCUGGAAUUCCUCAAUCUUCACUAGAUGUCAGCAAAAUUCAAUACAACAAGGAUGUGGGGCACGCCAUCUUGGAAAGCUAUUCGAGAAUUCUAGAAACCUUGGCCUCGACAGUCUUGUCUCGAAUCGAAGAUGUACUCGAUGCUGAUUAUGUUACUCGAAAUCCAUCACAGGCAGGACAUAAGAGGAACACGUUAAAAGAGGCACCACAGGUACCGGCAUCGCCCAGAGAAGGGACGGAGAAGAACUCCGAAGAUACAAAUGCUUCGAUGACUCUGUCUGAUUUUAUGGGUUGGGGUUCAGAACAAAAUGAGAGUGCGGCAAAGAAGGAUCCAUUUGGAUCAGAUGAACUACUGAAAGAUGAUGAUAGAUAUAAACAGAAACUCACUAAAAUAUCAACCAACAGGAAACCUUCCUAUCUUGAUAAUUUAGGAGCUUUACGAAGCCCAACAGCUCGCCAUUAAUAGCAUUAUAGGGGGAGAAAGAUGAACACGUACAGAAAAGAGAGAGUGAGGAAGCCGAACACUGAAUGUGUAUUUUCAGAACCUUAACUAAGAGGGUCUUUUUGGUUUGUGUAUUUCGACUUGCUUUCAUUCCAUUCCUUCCUUUUGUAAUUAGGAAGAGUGAGCAUGAGAGCAAAACUAUGUGAUUUGAAACAUUUUGUACAAGAAAUGGAUUCGUAGUUCCUUA